AUGCGGCAACACGGCCACCACGUCUGGGACCAGAACAGCAUCCCUGGAGGCCAUCUGAUGCACAGCUGGAAACUGAGCUUUGCCAUUCAAGGGCAGAUCCAAAGGCCCCUCAGGGAUCUGAAGGGGAAGAGAAGAGUGGGGUCCAGUUUUCCCCCGCUGGAAGCAGCCUCCACCCCCGAGCCUCCUGGGACUUGUAGUUCGCGGCUUCGUGGUGCGCAGGCGCACUGCGGAGACCGUCCUGGUUGCGCUCGUCGGGGAGGCGGCGGCAGCGGCGGCGCGGCCUCUGCCUGCCCCGGAUCCUGCUUUUCCCAAGAGAAGAGGAUGGCUGCUGAGUACGUGUCCCCCGGGCCCCAGGCGAUCCCAAGGGUCCAGUCAGUGUCCUGGAUGUUGUCCUUGUUGGGGCCCCCUGGAGAGGGGUACUUGAUCUGCUCUGGCCCCUGCAUGGAAGUCCUGGUCAUCGCAGGCACACCCACUUUCAGGCCAGCCUGGUGCUCGCUGAGGCUGGCACAGCCCCCGGGGACACUGUCAGAAACCUUGAAGACCCGAAGUGCUGAUGCAGGCAUUGAGUUUGGUGCACUGUCCGCAACCCAAGCCUCUCAGGCCGCCGGUCCUUCCCCGUGGGUGGGGGGUUCACUCUUUCUGCCAGUGGUGCCUUUCCAGCUGGAGCAAGGAGCAGCUGUGUGGUUGGGGGGGGAAGGAACUCCCCAAACCUCCUGUUCAGAUUUGGCUGCCAUACUGAAAAGCCAAGAGUCAUCUUGUAAGAAGGUGGUUUGGGGGGAAGAACCACCCAGUGGUAUGACUAUAGUAAAGCUUCCCAAAGGAGACUGGGGCUAUGGUCAACUUGAGGAGAAUCGUGAAGCCCUGCACAGGCUUUUGAGGCAGCUGGCGUACCCCCAGGCGGAGGUGUUUGCUCAAAGGGAGACCACUGCCUGGCAUGAGUUUGGGGAAGCCUGUAGUAUGAGCUCAGACCUUGCUUCAUCUCAAGGAGGUUCUAUAGAAGAACAUUCCCACGACUGUGGUCUAGAUAUUGAGAGUUUGGUAGCUAAUCCAUUCUUAAACCAUCAUCGGAUGGCAUAUACAGAUCAGAGACCCUGUGAAGGGAACGAAUGUGGAAAAGACGUCAGCCACAAUAGUGCCUUCAGUCAACACAACAGAGCCGCCGAAAGCGGGGAAUCAUUUCCUCACGGUAUGGCUCUCACAACACACAACACGGUGAAUACAGCGGGGAAACCCUACGAAUGUCACCACUGCGGGAAAGUGUUUAACCGGAGGCAUUCCCUGAGUGAGCAUCAGAGAAUCCAUACAGGAGAGAGACCAUAUGAAUGUCAGGAAUGUGGGCGAGCCUUUACGCACAGCUCAACCCUCACACGACACUUGAGAACUCAUACUGGAGAGAAACCCUAUGCGUGCAGCGAAUGUGGGAAAGCCUUUAACAGGAUUUCGUCUCUCACCCAGCACCAGAGGAUUCACACAGGGGAAAAGCCCUACGAAUGCAAAGACUGCGGAAAGUCCUUCUGCCAGAGUUCUUACCUGGUCUUGCACAAGAGAACGCAUACGGGCGAGAAGCCCUAUGAAUGUAACGAGUGUGGAAAGGCCUUCAGUGAUCGUUCCUCGCUUAACCAACACGAGCGGACUCACACCGGUGAGAACCCCUAUGAAUGUAAUCAGUGUGGAAGAGCCUUCAGUCAGAGGUCUUCCCUCGUGAGGCACGAGAGGACUCACACUGGAGAGAAACCGUACGGCUGUAGCGAAUGUGGGAAAGCGUUCAGCCAGAGCUCGUCCCUUAUCACACAUCAGAAAACUCACACCAGUCAGAAAACCUAUAAAAUAAUUGAUUGUGGGAAAGCUUUCUAUCAGAGCAGCAACCUCAUUGGGUUUUAG